AUCCAUGUUAAAUAGCGUCGACCGAGCGCCAAUUAACUGGUAUGUCAUUGUCAGUAAAUAGUUAGCUGUGACUUGUCAGUAAGUCGUUACAUCUACAUUGGAGAAUAUACACAUUCUACACCCUGAAAAAUAUUAUUUGAAGAAUUCCUCAAAAUGACUUACAAACUAACAUACUUUAACGCAACAGCCCUGGGCGAACCUAUCAGAUUUCUUUUGUCUUAUUUGGAUAUUGAUUUUGAAGAUUAUCGCUUUGAAGUGGAAUCAUGGCCAACCAUCAAACCAACUAUGCCGUUUGGUAAGGCACCAAUUUUGGAGGUAGACGGUAAAGUAUUGAACCAAUCUGCAGCAAUUUCUCGUUACUUGGCGAAGAAAGCAGGAUUAGCCGGAAAUGAUGAUUGGGAAUCGAUGCUUAUUGAUAUUGCGGUUGAUAACAUACACGAUUUAAGACAAGCGCUCGCGGGGUACUUUUACGAUCAGAAUGAAGAAUCUAAAAAUCAAAAAUACGUUCCCCUGUUUAAAGAAACUGUACCGUAUUACAUGGAUAAAUUUGAAGAAAUCGUUGCAGAAAAUAAAGGAUACUUUGUAAACGGAAAGUUAACUUGGGCUGACUUAUUCUUUGUAGGAGUUUUAGGCUAUUUGAAUCAUAUGGCCAAAAUCGAUUUGUUGGAAGGCCGCCCUCACUUGCAAGGACUCAAAGACACAAUCGAAAAUAUUCCUCAGAUAAAGUUAUACAUAGAAAAACGACCUACGGCAAUGUUUUGAAUUUUACUUUACAACUAUUGCUUCUUACUGCAGUUUCGUAAUGACAUAAUCAGCGUAAAUGAAUUUUUUGAGCUUUAUGAUCUAAAAUAAUUUAACUAAAGCCUAAACCCUAAAGGUUUAAACGUAGAAGAUCAAAGCACAUAUAUAUUGAUAGUAUAUGUAUAUUGAUUCUAAAAUGUUAUUAAAAAAAAAAAAAUGCGUUUGAUUUUAACCUAAUUUGUCCAUUGCAUAUGGCUAAAAUGAACCAUGUACUUGAAAUUUCGUGUGUAAAAAAUACUAAAUCACUAAAUUGUGGACUAAUUAAAUAUUAAUAAUGACGUACAAAAUAAAAUUGAAAUUAAAAAUAGAUAAAGCAAUAUUAUAUUUAACUGUCUUUUCUCUGUUAGAUUAUAGGUGCCUGCUAGGGUUCACAUCCAAGCUAGAUAAAUAAUAAUGAUGUCUAAUGCUACGAACAAGUGAACAUACAUUUUUUUAAAUUAUUAAUAGUAUUAAUUAUAAAACGAUAGUCGACAAUUACCAUAACCGCAAUUACAUAGGUUGGCAUUUGAUUUAGUGUAAAAUACGAUAAAAAUUAAUACAUUUAUUAUGAAAUUUGAAAAUAAAUCAGUUAGGUACAUGAAAUAAUUAAUAAUGACCUACAAAUAUGUAAGGUACUAAUUAUUACAUUCAGAUGCGUCAUAAUAUAAUUAGUCAAUGGUAAUAUCUAUCCGUAGCAAUUAAAUCAUACUCGACAAAAAAAAAAAAAAACAGCAAAUCUUUAAAAUAUACUCAAAACCCUUUUCUCAGAUGAA